CUUUAGGUCCCUAUUUGGCAAAAAAAAGAAGGGGAGGGGAGGGGCUCAGCCGUGGAAUUUGGGUUGCCUGCAAACGGAGGCUGAGACUGUUGAGCGGGAGACGAAAUAAACUAGCAACAUAUCUUAACAAUACACCUGACUCUGGAGCUCCGUUCUGGACCCUGAGGGGUGAGAAGGUCCCAGAGGGAGCGCCUGGACCUGCAUGGUGGUGCCACUCUUUCCCCUGCUGUCGCGUCCUCACCGGCCCGGGUAGAGGAAGCUUUUUCACCCUAGUCCGGCAGCUUGGCUGCUCACCUCGUUCCAGAUGAAUGAAGACCCCAUUCGGAAAGACUGCAGGCCAGAGACCCAGAGCUGAUGCAGGGCACGCAGGUGUUUCUGCAAGUAUGAUGAAAAAGAAAAACUCCCACAAGAAGCAGAAGAGCAGCGUGGGGCCCAGCAAGCCCGUCUCCCAGCCCAGGAGGAACAUCGUGGGCUGCAGGAUACAGCACAACUGGAAGGAGGGCGGCAGCCCCGCCACACAGUGGAAGGGCACGGUGCUGGACCAGGUGCCCGUCAACCCCUCGCUGUACCUCAUCAAGUACGACGGCUUCGACUGCGUCUACGGGCUGGAGCUCCACAAAGACGAGCGGGUGCAGAACCUGGAGGUCCUCCCGGACAGAAUCGCCUCCUCCCGGAUCAGCGACGCCCACCUGGCGGACACCAUGAUCGGGAAAGCGGUGGAGCACAUGUUCGAGACGGAGGACGGGUCCAAGGACGAGUGGAGGGGCAUGGUGCUGGCGCGCGCCCCCAUCAUGAACACGUGGUUUUACAUCACGUACGAGAAGGACCCCGUUUUAUACAUGUACCAGCUUCUGGACGACUACAAAGAGGGGGACCUGCGGAUUAUGCCCGAUUCAAACGACUCCCCUCCUGCGGAGAGAGAGCCAGGGGAGGUGGUGGAUAGCUUGGUGGGCAAACAGGUGGAGUACGCCAAAGAAGACGGCACCAAAAGGACUGGCAUGGUCAUCCAUCAGGUGGAGGCUAAGCCAUCCGUGUAUUUCAUCAAGUUCGAUGACGACUUCCACAUUUACGUCUACGAUUUGGUCAAAACGUCCUAGGCGUUCCCACUGGGAGAGGAGAGACGUCAAAGAUAAUCCUACAGACUUUGCCAAAAUCGCUUUGGAUGUUUUUUUUCCCACACGACCACUUGAGGACCAGGUGGACGAUUCCGUCACAGGCUGUCGAGGAAAGCCUGCCUUCCCCCCCCCUUGCGACUAUCAUCAAAGGGAUCUUGUUUAUUUCCAGUCGAAGCCCUGCACAGCUUUAAAAUAUUGGUCAGCUGUGUUUUCUGCAAUAGAGACCAAGUCUGGAAAGAAUCAAUAUAUUGUUUUUGUUGUCAUGAAAAGAAAGGGUUUCUAUCUUUCUAUAAUAUGUUUACUUAGAUAGUUUAUGGGGCAUAGACGCAUACAUAUAUCCUUAAAAUACUUAAGAGAAUUUAAUGCUUAACGGCAGUUCUAAAAAAGAUAUUUAAACACUUCUAAAGUUUGAUUUUCUUUGGAAAUCUUAAAAUCCUUUUGAUCUGUGCUACUUUCUAUUCACUCUAAAUCUGAUCAACAGUACAGUGUAAAACAUCCAGAUUUUGAAGACUUAAGAUUUGUAUAAAGACUUAAUCCUGUGGCAAAUUAAAAACCAACUAAAAUAUUGUCUUUAUUGUUUCAAAUUUUACAAUGACAUGUAUAGAUUCAUAGUCUCCUUUAAUCUGAGUUGGAAUUGAAUUUUAUUUUCAGAACGCAUUUUAUUGUUUUUGUCUUUAUCCUCCCAUCUUAAGUAUUUUCUGAGAAAUUAGCUUAGUUCCUAACAAUGGUACUGUAAGCUAUUCACCCUUUGUCAAAAUGCACUGCUUGCUUUUAGUCACAAAGUGACAAAGUAAAAUUGAAUAACUUCAAGUGAAAUGAACAGUAUUUGAAAUGUCAUUUAAUAGCAACAAUGUGUUUCCCAUAUUUAUCAACUUGAGUAUGCAACAGGGCAAAUUAUAGUUGUUUUUAAGGGCGUGCUAACAACUGUUUGGAAUUUGUAUGCCCAACUCAGCUGCUUUCAUUUUGCCUAAUUCAGUUUAAGCCUUAAGGCACAUGCCUCCUUAAACCUAUGACUGAUAUCAGAACACCGGAACAGAUUUUCAGUGCAUUCCCUUCACAACAAAAUCCACUGUCCAAAAUUGGUAAACAAAGGCCUCUAUGGAAUAUUCCAGAGGCUUCCAGAAUAACCGUAAACGACUAAGAACCCACAGCCAUAGAUGCUGUUCUUUGUGACAGUGGACAGUGUUUCUGUGAAUCCGAUAAGCCACUGAAGAUUCCUACUGUAUUUCUACACAGCGGAAGCAAAAUAAUAAACCCAGUUUUGGAGACCAAGGCCUCUUUCAGUCUGAUGCCGGUGUGAAUUGUCCUUAAUUUUGUUGAAACAAUUUCAGUGAAAAACUAAUAGGGGUAUAUUCUUAAAACUGCUCAAAUAUUUUUUGCCAUCACCAUAUUCACCUUAAUGACUGUGCUACCAUGUUUGUGACGGACACCAGCUUGACGGAAACAACAGUAAUAUUAGCUGCCAGUCUGUUGAAAAUCAGCAUGUAAAUGAUGUAAUGUCUUCGAGAGAAUUAACAGAAGGAUGUCCAGUUAACUGCCAGAGGGAAGCUACGUCUUCAUAUGAAGAACAGCAGGUACUCUCUGAACUGGCAGUGAACUGUGCUCUGUGCUCUGUUACAGAAGCAGUGCUGGCUUUUGUCCUGACGGUACACGGUGAUGUAUUGACAAUUGACAACGUGUAGUCUUGUCAUUGUAAGUGGCCGAUCGUGACAAUCUGCGGUCAGCGACGCUUUUGGGUUGACGCCCCAGAUAAUCAGCCGGUCUCUCUGCGCACCACUCUCUCCGGCUGCUGAAAGUCGGUGAAGAUUUUAGUGGCGGAGUCGUCGAGGUGUCUAAAGGAGAUUUGAGCUGAAAUGAGGCUCUUUUAUGCCAAUACCAAAGCGACCGGAAAGCCUUUGGCAUAUGUGUUUAUAACGGUAGCUGUGUGUCGGUGGCAUUCGGCACCACCAUAAACCUCAUGGAUCUACCCCGUUGUGUUCAGUGAGAAUUGAAACAUAAUUGACAAUUAAAAAAUAAAUAAAUAAAUAAAUUGUAAAAAUACAGCGACGUUACCUAAAUUAAUUUCAGAAUAGAAAGGACAUCACACAUGAAGACUGAACUGAGGCCUUCCUCAACAAGGAUAAACAAAUCGAGGCCUUGCUCAACAAGAAUGGAUAUUCCAGGUGGCCAAAAAAAUGAAUAGUAUUGGCAGCUGAAAAUGUAGUAUUGUUAAUAAUGUUUAUAUUGUUUAUAUUGUUACUGUGUAUAUCAGUGCUUUUUUUCUAUUCUCUCCAUAAAGCUGACCUCCCCCAUAUGCUGCUGCUGCUUGCUUUGUGUAUAAAAAUAACAGGAACCUGCUCAAAAAUACCGCUUAAAUCACUCCUGUGUGCAAAUAGAAACCCAACGUUUAUCGCUUUCUAAUACGUAUGGGACAGUCGUUCGCUUGGGGUUCAAGUUUCAGAGUGACAUUCACCUCUUGUUACCCUGGUAACUAAAUGCAAGGACCUUGUUUAUGGGGUUCCGUUUUAUUUCCAAACUGCCAAGGGGCUUGUGUCGAUGCAAGGCCCAGCCAGGCAUGUCUGUGAGGUUUACUGUCCUUUCACGUUUACCUACUGUAGUAAUGUACCGUGUUUGAUGUCAGUUCUGCAUUGAACGUUAUUUAGAGAACGGACCCUUCUUUUUGCAUGUGUAGAAAAGUUUGUUACUUACUGUGUACUGCAUGUCUGAUUCUUUUUUCUUUUCUUUUUUUGAUAAAAGAAAACAGUCAUUUACGUUCCUUACGUAUGCUAGUUGUGAGUUUUGUUUUCAGUUAGGCCGAGAUUCAAUCCAACUGCAAUGCACUUUGUCGAUAAAGUUUGAGUAGCCAUCCUUAUAGGUUUUCUUCAUCUCCUGCAUGUUUUUGUUUUUUUUGUGUAUUUGAGUUAUCCCAGAACUCACUGCAGUAUUUUCUGUAAGCAUUGAAGGGGGAACCUUUUGAUUAGUUUCAUACUUAGACAAAGUGCUUUGCGGCUUGAUUGAAUAGGGCUCUUAUUUUUUUAAUCUUCUUUUAACUAAGAGGAUCAAAUGCACUGGUGUUGCAAAAAAGAGUGCCAAUUACAGAACAAGUUGCCGGUGUUGUACAGCAUUUGAGGGAUCAUAUAAUUUCUGAAUAAUAUAACAGUUCCUCUAAAACAGGCAGAUUAUUUUUAUGUAUCAUUAUGAGUGCCAUAAAGAAUAUACGAUAAGGAUAAACAGCCUUAUUUCACAGCGGGGAAAGGUGUGCAUGUGUGAGUGUGUGUCUGUAUGUGUGUGUGCGUGCGUGCGUGCAUGUGUGUUGUAGUCAUUCUAAAUGCAUAUAAAACAAUGUGUACAUUUUAAGUUAAAACACGCUUCUUUUCAGAGUUAUAUGUGAACAAAGUGAAGAGACUACACUAUGGUCCCUUUGAGAUGCUGUCACUUUCUAAUUUUAUUUUGUAUAAUACAGUGCAAUUUUCUGGCUAAGGGUACAUUAAAGGUCUUCAUGGUUUUUACGUCUAGGUAAAUGGCUUCUCUUGGACAGCUCGUUCAUUUUGUUUUUGGAACAAUGUAGAUAGGUCGUUAUUUGCAUUUAGAAGUAUAAACACUUUAAAAUAUGUUACUUAAUUCUGUAAGUAAUUUUUAUAAUUAUGUAAGUCUAUCAUAACAUUUAAAAAUAAAAAAUUAAUGUGAAA